AUGAAGCUGGUGGUGGAAUUCGGCGAGAAAGCUAACUGCUAUGCGUCCUUGCAUAGCAAUGACGCCGCUGAGCUGUUCCGUUCCUCCUCAAGACGCGAGUUUUGCAAAACCUUGCGACUGCAGCAUGCUGCUGGAGACGUGUUCGUCGGCUGGGUGGGUGAAAACUCAUUGACACCUGGCAAGCUGGUGCUUUCCAAGCCGUUUGCAGAAUGCUUGGCAUUGGAAGAAGGGGAACAGGUUGAUGCAUUCCCGCAUGCACCACCCAUUGCCAGCACCGUCAUGGUUCAGCCGAACAGCAUCGAUGACUGGGAGGUUGUUGAAUUACAAGCAAGCUUCAUCGAGGAGAACCUGCUUUCGCAGGUGGCAGUGCUCAUGCCGGGACUGAGUUUCCCUGUUUGGGUUCAUGGACAGCUGGUUGCGAAGUUGCGAGUGGAUCCGGUAGACUCGAACAAGUCUUCCUGCUUCCUUCUUGGCCGUGACACGGAGUUGGCGAUCGAGUCAAAACGGCGGACAGCAGAAGCAGCGUCCAUCAUCGGUGGCGCAGUGAAGACGGACGAAAUCGUAUCUUUCCGUGUUCUUUGCUUGGACGAGGAGUCUCAGACUCCUAUCGGCAGAGUUGCAGAGGAGGAUCUGGAUGAUUUCUGCGGAGGUGGCUCGCGCAGUUGCCUUGCUUGGCUCCUGCACGAUGACGCCGCCGUUGCACAAGAUCGAAGGCCUGGAUCUUCUGCGGCCAAAGCGUACCUGUUGCGGCUCUUGGCGGACGUCAAGGUUCCCCGUGGGCAUGUUGCGCUCAGUGCCAGCUUGGCCACUUGGGUGGGGAUUCCCUGUUUCAGUGUGGUGAAUCUCUGCUACUGCUACCAGGUGCCGGUGUUCAUGCCGCACAUAGAGCUGGUGCCCUGCCAUCCCGGACAUUGGUUGAACAGAGCUCUUCCGGGCUCUGCUGCGAGAGAAGAUGUCUGCUGGAUCCGACGACGUUUUGAAGCCCUCGUAAAAGCCUGUGAGGAAAUUGAUGUGGCCGAUGGCUCGGUUCUUCAAUUGCGAGCCGAACGGCAGCCAACUGCUGUUGCAACGCAAGCAGAAGGACAUGCUACAUCGGUACGGUCAUCUGCAGGUGAUAGCAACCUGGAGGCGGACUUGUACGAGGGCCUCUCCGACAUUGAUGACAUCUAUCAGCGGCAAGCGGAGCCUCCUAUCUUCGUAGAUACGUUUGGUGUGUACGAGGUAGACCUUGGCAUCGACAUCAUCGAUUUGAGUUCGCAAUCUGAAUCAAUUUUCCCUGCGGGUGCAGCAGCCAAAGAGCGCUGGGCCUCGGAAGAGAACCCAGAGGUGGUUCUUGUGUACAUACGUCUUGCAGCUGGAGCAGCGAGUGAUUUGAGGAGUGGGCCUGACAAGCCUCCGUUUGCAAGAAUCACCUCGAGUGGUCUCCUAGCUGGGGAACCUCGUGUGACUAUUGCAUGGGAUGAUGGCGGUUCUGUCCGUCAAGACAAAGAUCCUUUAGGUGUGAUGUGGGCGGCGAUGCCUACUGCACCUCCAGAGGAAUGGGCUGACGUCAUGCAGAUCAUCAAGGCACCCAGUACGAAUUCCAUUGACAAGACUGGUCUCUUCUCGGAGCCUUUCGCCACUUUGCAUCGUCAUGUGGAGGCCUCGUUGGGAUGUCAUCUUCACAUGCCAGCUACUGAUGCUCUGCCAUCUCAGUGCCAAAUGCUUCCCGGCAUUAUUGCUGUCGUUGGGCCACCGGGGUCCGGCAAGUCACGGCUUUGCCAUCGCGUUCUGGGUGACCUUGCUGCCCAGGGAGUUCUGCCUGUGCAGGUUGCGUGCAGCAAGUUUGGGCCUGGGAAGAAGUUCAAAGCCGUGCAGGAUUGGCUGCGCUCCAUCCUCUCCUUUGCAUGUUGGUAUUCACCCUGCGUGCUUCUGUUGGACGACUUCGGUGCCCUAUGUCCAGACGUGGAGCCUGGAGCCCCAAACCUUUCCGUGUCCGAGGAACGCUCUCCAAUAUUGGCCGAGAUGAUCCUUGAUAUCUUGCCGGAGGUGCGUUCUUCUGGUGCCCGUGUGGCAUGUGUUGCCACCAUGCACGAUGAUGCAUCAGUGCACCGAAUGCUAUGGUCGUGGCCAGCCUUGGAGCACAAGGUCCCGAUUCGGCAACCCGUGCUGAAGGAGCGUCCGGACAUUUUGCAAGCUCUCUGCAACCACAAGGCCGAGGAUGGUUGGGAAGUCGAGCAGGCUUUGCUUGCAGAAGGAGCUCUGGAUGAUUGGGCUGGACGCAUCGACGGCUUCAGCGUUGCAGAUCUAGCCAGCGUGGUCGAGCGAGCUUGUAUUGAGGCCACAGUCGAUUCGACUGCGGAUCGUCUUCGAGGAGACAUGUGGGGUGAUCGCCAGCGCAUGUCCAUGCAGCACCUCGCCAAAGCUUGCGAGGAGUUUGUGCCAGCUACCAUGGCCGACCAGACCUUCUUCACCUCGGACGUUCGCCUGGAGGACAUUGGAGGUCUCACGGAUGUAAAGCAGGAGUUGAUGGACAUGCUUACGAUGCCUACAAGGUAUGCUGUGCUUCUCGACCGUGCCCCAGUUCGAACAAGAAAGGGCCUGAUGCUCGUUGGCCCUCCUGGCUGUGGCAAGACCAUGUUGAUUCAGGCGGCAGCUUCCGAAACAAAGGGCCUUCUGAGGUUCUUGUCCGUGAAGGGUCCAGAGCUGCUCUCCAAAUACAUUGGAGAGUCGGAGGCUGGUGUGCGGAAGGUGUUUGAGAGAGCUGCAGCUGCAGCUCCGGCUGUAAUAUUUUUUGACGAAAUCGAGGCUUUGACGCCGAAACGUGGAGCUGACUCGACGGGUGUCACUGACCGCGUUGUCAACCAGAUGCUCUGUUACUUGGACGGGGUUGAGGAUAGAGGUCGCGUUUUCGUGGUUGCAGCCACAGGGCGGCCAGACAUGGUAGAUCCUGCUCUUAUGCGUCCGGGGCGCUUCGACAAGAUUUGCUACUGUGGUCUUCCAUCAGAUUCUGAAAGGCUCGCCAUAUGCGAGAUCCUCGCCAGGAAGAAUAAUCUGACGAUUGAUCAAGUCGAUGGUCAAAGCAGAAGUAGCCUGACGGCACAUCUGCAGCAGUUGGUUUCAAAGCUUCCGCGGCUCUUUACCAGUGCGGACAUAAACGCUUUGUUUUCCUCGGCGAAGAUCGAAGCUGUCAAUGAAGCCUUGGAGCAAGAAGGUGCUGUUCAAUCCAAACAGCCGAGCAUGAGACUAGGUCACCUGUUUUCGGCACUGGAGACCGCAAAGGCAUCAGUCUCCGAAGCGGAUGAGAAGAGAUACUCUCAAAUUUUCGGGCCAUAUUGUCCUGGGGGCACUGGUCGCCGAGUUGGCAUUGGGGAGGAGGUCAAAGCUGUGAAGGGCUCCAUGUCGUUCGAUGCUGGCAGAGUGGUGCUGAUGGCUGUCGUGGCUGCCGCAUGCCUUUGCACAGUGGCCGCCGACCUUUCCACUGAGGAAACUUGGACAGCAGAAUUGCGUGUGCACUUGGAGACGGCUUGGCAGAUUUCGGCAGAGGUCUACCUCGAAGAUUCCACCAGUAGCCCUGGAGUGUCCACCCGACAGAAUCCCGCCAAGAAUCUUGCGGAGACAAACGUCCUUACAGGAAAGAAUAGGACGCAAGGCCGCUGGAUUGUGGACGCCACUGGCAACCGAGUCAAGUUGGCGUGCGUGAACUGGGCCGGCGCGGAGGUGAAGGAUGGCCUCGUCGGCGGCUUGCAGGCUCGAAAUGUGAGCAGCAUUGCAGCCACCUUCAAAUCGAUGGGCUUUAAUUGUGUGCGUUUUCCUUGGUCUGUGUGGAUGGUUCAGACCAAUCCGCGAGUUCCAGAUCACCUGCAAAAGUCCUUGCUCGGUGCGAACCCGCAGCUGAUGGGACUGCGAGCUUUGGAGGUGCUGGAUGCUGUGAUUGACGCCUGCGCUUCCACACAACUCCUCGUGUUUCUGGACAACCAUGUGUCCGACGGCACCUGGUGUUGCAGCGACGUUGAUGAGAACGGUCUGUGGUACAACAGUCGCUGGCCAACAAGUGACUGGCUGGAGGCGCAUGUGAAGCUGGCCACCCGAUACGUGAGGCAGCCUUGGGUUGUGGGAACCGAGUUGCGGAAUGAGGUACGUGCCAGUGCACCCAGGGGAACACCGCACUGGGGUGGAGGGGGCCCUAACGAUUGGCAUGCAGCCGCUACGAAGGCCGGUAAUGCUGUGCUGGCAGUGAACCCCUCGUUGCUGGUUGCCGUCGGUGGACUCAACUACGGCAAGGACCUAUCUGGCGUAUACAGGUUGCCUGUGCAGCUCGACAAGCCCGACAAGCUUGUUUACACUGCCCACAGCUAUUCUUGGUCAUAUCCCUGGCUGACCGAUACAUACCAGGCCUUGCAUGAGCAGCUGGGUAAAGAUUGGGGCUUCAUCGUCGAAGAGAACAAGCCAUACACCGCCCCGAUCUGGGUCAGCGAGUUCGGCACCUUCAGCGACUGCCACAAGGACUCUUGCGCCAAUUGGUGGCCGGACUUCUUGCGGUAUUUGCAGCUGGGUGACUUGGACUGGGCCGUUUGGCAUGGAGAUGGUACCUGGAGCCGAGACGACCUGCACCCAUUUCACGGCCCGACGAAUUAUGGUGUUCUGGCCGCUGACUGGCAAACUCCGGCAGCAAGUGGCGAACUCCUGGCAGCGCUCCAAACAGUCCAGGCUGCAUGGAGCGGCCCAGGUGUGAGCUCCAUGGCGACACAGUGCAAUGCGCAUUGCGCAGAUUCCUGGGACUCAGGUUGGAGCAAUGGGCGAGAGAACGCUGCUGCCUGCGCACCAUGUCUUCGCAACAGGCCUUGCCGAGGCAACCUGACAGUUCAGGAAUGGUGCAACAAUGGUUGGGCAAAGGUCAGCUGCAGCUGGACGUGCUGCCGGGCUGGGCUCCUGAAUCCGAAGACAUGCGAGGAGUCUCGCUGUCAAAGUCGAUAUUCCGACGAUUACAAUCCAUCCUGGCCUUCGGGCGUUGUGAACACCAGCGCCUGCUUGAAUUGCUUACAGGAUAAGCAUUGCCGCGGAUUCAAAAGCCGGUCAAGCUGGUGCGGAAGCCCUUGGGCAGCAGCGCACUGUCAGCUGACAUGCUGUACAGCGGGCUUCCUCUCCCCAUCGAAGGAGUCAGCUGCCCUUUUCCUGCAGUAG